AUGUACAAGGAUAGAGAAAUUGCCAAGGAUAACCAAAGCAGUGGGAGAAGCACUUCAGAUGCAGGUGAAUCCGAGUACAUGAAUUUAGAGGAACUUCCAGAUAGGGGUGAUGAUGCUUGUUCUGACAGAAGAAUGGAGGAGGCUCUAGGUGCAGAAGCAACUACCCAGGACGUAGAGCUUAAGAGGUUAUCCAGGGUACCCAAACCGAAUCCUAGAUAUCUUUCAUCUCUUGAUUACUUAUUGUUGACAGAUAGCAAUGAAUCGGAGUGCUAUAAGGAGGCUAUGCAAAUGAGACCUAGCAGUUUUCCAGAAGGUAUGACCAUUAAUUCAAAUUUGCACAAGAACACCACUUGUCCACGUGGAACGGUUCUUAUUCGCAGAACUACUAAGAAUGAUUUACUACAUGCAAAAACUCUUCAAAAUCAUGUCAAAAGACAUGUUACGAGUUACCCAUCGGAGAAAGAUAAAACUAGCAUUGGAAUUGGAAGCCAUUAUGCAGUUAUGAAAACUACAAUUGGCGAAUAUUACGGAGCAAGUGCAAAGCUUAUUGUUUAUGGUUUUCCAAAUAUCAAAGUUGAUCAAAGCACCAUAAGCCAAAUAUGGGUUAUUGGAGGUGCUACUGGACCAUUAGAUGAAGUAAACGCUAUACAAGCAGGAUGGCACGUAUGUCCGAGUUUAUAUGGUGACUAUCUAACCCAUCUUUCUAUAUCUUGGACGGCUGAUGGUUAUGAUACAGGUUGCUACAAUCUCCAUUGUCAAGGAUUUAUGGUAAUAUCUCGCGACUUUAGUCCUGGAAUGGAAAUAACCCAGCUUUCUACCUAUGGUGGGAUUCAAAAAGCCAUUGACAUAAGUAUCUUCAAGGACCCAGAUGAAGGAAAUUGGUGGUUAACCUAUGGGGAAGAAAGAUCUCUAGUGGGAUAUUGGCCAAAGGAGCUUUUCAACAAUUUAGAGAAACCUAACGAGGUUGAUUAUGGUGGUGCAUCUUACUCUCCCUACAAUGAACCUAGUCCCCCCAUGGGAAGUGGUCAUAUGCCUUGCGAAGGUCCAAAUAAGACAUGCUAUUUUCUGAAUAUUAAGUUAGUAAAUAAAAAAAAUCAGCUUUACAAUCCAAAAUCUAACAGAGUCAAAAUUUUAUCUAAUAGACCCGACUAUUAUGGUAUUGAUGGAAAUUAUUACUCAGGGUAUCCAGAUGGUUACAAAUUUCGUUAUGGUGGUCCUGGAGGAUACACUCGGAUGAAGGAAGUGUAA